AACAUAAAUAGAACCUCUUCAUAGCUGGCAGAUUUAAGAAGUGGACACAUCUGACUCUGCACGAAGGUCAGAGACAAACUGGGACAUUAACGAGAGCUGAUCUCAGCUGUCAGCCACCCAACGCUGCCUGGACCUACAACUUUCCCUGCCACUGUGGUUCUGUUCUCCGUACCACCACAUUCACCAUGAAUGUUGUGCCCUGUGCCCGCUGCGGAUAUGGGGUGUACCCAGCGGAGAAGAUUAACUGCAUCGACCAGACCUGGCACAAGGCGUGCUUCCACUGCGAAGUCUGCAAAAUGAUCCUGACCGUCAACAACUUCGUCAGUCACCAGAAGAAGCCAUAUUGCCAGGCGCACAACCCAAAGAUUAAUACAUUUACCAGUGUGUAUGAUACCCCCCUCAACAUGAACGCCAAGAAGCAGUCAGAGGCCGUCAGUGAGAUUAAAUACCGGGAAGAUGGCGAGCGCUAUAAAUCGGUUUUCCACUGGGAUAUGAAGUCCAGUGUCCAUGAACAGAGCUACAACAUGGAGAAGAUGAAAGCCUAUGAAGAAGGAAAAUCCUGGUUCUCCGAUAUUGACCCAGACAUGGUCCAAAUGGAGCAGGCUCAGAAGACUCUAAACGAUGUACAAUACACAGAAGAGUUUGAGCAACAGACAAGAAAAGGAAGCUUCCCGGCCAUGAUAACUCCAGCUUACCAGACUGCCAGAAAGGCCGGUCACCUGGCCAGCAAUUUGGAAUACAAGCGCGGUCAUGAAGAACGUAUCUCUCAGUACAGCAGCGUAGUGGACACCAAAGAUAUUUUGCACGCCAAGGCCAGCGGACAAAACCUGAGUGAUGUGAAAUACACAGAAGACUAUGAGGAGCAGCGGGGAAAAGGCAGCUUCCCGGCAAUGAUUACACCUGGCUACCAGAUUGCCAAGAAAGCCAAUGAGCUAGCCAGCGAAGUGAAAUAUCACCAGCGAUAUCACAGGGAGAUGAAGGGGAAAGCGAGCGCGACAGAUGUGGCGUUUACUAAACAAACUGCAGAUGAGCUGAGCCAGGAAUAUGACGAGGAGCAGGAGGAGUACAGAGGGAAGGGCAGUUUCCCAGCGAUGAUCACCCCUGCCUACCUCAAUGCCAAGAAGGCCAACGAGUUCAUCAGUGAUAUAAAAUAUAAAAAGGAUCUUUCCAAGAUGAGAGGGCCGGCCCACUACCACUCUCUGACCACCGACGACAACCUGACCAUGAAGCGAGCGCAAAAUGUGAACAAACUGGUCAGCGAGGUGGGAUACAGGAAGGACCUGGAGCACAGUAAAGGACAUAGUAUAAACUACUGUGAGACCCCCCAGUUCCAGAACGAUAACAAGAUCUCCAAGUUCACCAGUGAUCUGAAAUAUAAGGAAAAGUACCAGACUCAGAUGAAGGGUCACUAUGAUGGCGUGGGGAUGGACCGGCGCAUGAUGCACGCCAUGAAGGCCGGGAAUCUUGCCAGCAAUUUGUCCUAUAAGUCAGACAAGAAUGACGUUGCUGAUGGCGAGUAUAAUUACCCGGCUGACCUCGCCCCGUCUUAUCAGACCACCAAGAAGCUGGAGCCAUUGAAGGAUGUACACUACCGUCAGAGCAUCGACAAGUUGAAGUACAGCUCUGUAACGGAUACACCGGAGAUUGUGCAGGCCAAGGUCAAUGCCCAGCAGCUGAGCGACUUGAAUUAUAGAGCGGCAUAUGAGAAAUCCAAAACACAUUAUACACUUUCUCAAGAUGUACCAGAAAUGAGGAAAGCAAAAGCCAACACUGAACUGUACAGUGAGAACAAAUAUAAGGAAGAAUGGCAGAAGACUAAAGGUCAGAACAUUGAGAUGAAAAUGGAUUCUAUGUCCAUUUCCUCUGCCAAAGCUUCAGGAGACCUUGCAAGUGAUAUCAAAUACAAAGAGGAAUAUGAAAAAGGUAAAGGCAAAGCGGCAGCAAACAGCGACUCCAGACUCCUCCACUCCAUGCAAGUUGGGAAACUGAAUAGCGAGAUAUCCUACAAGAAAGGCUUCGAGGAGAGUAAGGCUCAGUUCCACCUACCGAUGGACAUGGUCAACAUCACUCAUGCCAAGAAGGCCCAGUCGCUUGCUAGCGACCUGGAUUAUCGCACUAGGCUGCAUGAAUACACCAUUCCUUCUGAGGACAUGAAAGUGACAUGGGCCAAGAAGGCAUAUGACCUACAAAGUGAGCUUCAGUACAAGUCUGAUCUGGCGUGGAUGAAAGGAGUCGGAUGGAUAACAGAGGGAAGUUUGAACGUGAAACAGGCUAAAAAGGCUGGAGAUAUCAUUAGUGAGAAAAAAUAUCGCCAGAAAGCCGACACCUUAAAAUUUACCAGCAUUGCGGACACCCCAGACAUCAAGCAUGCCAAAAAGAGCCAGGAGCUGCAAAGCGAUAUUGUCUACAAGUCAAGUAUGGAGGACCUCCUGCACCACUACACCAUGCACAAAGACGAGCCUGUCUUCCUGCAGGCCAGAAUCAAUGCCGCCAAUAUCAGUGAGAAGCGGUAUAAGAGCAGUUGGGAGAAGCAGAAGGAAAGGGGAUUUGAGUUGCGUUUGGAUUCAUUGUCCAUCCUCACAGCCAAAGCCAAGCGAGAUCUGUCCAGUGAUAUAAAGUACAGAGAAGAAUAUGAGAAGACCAAGGGGAAGCUGAUUGGGGUUCAGGCUGCAGAUGGAGACUCUAAAAUGUCGCACUCGCUCCAGAUGACAAAAAUGCAGAGUGACCUGGAAUACAAGCGUGCCUUCGAGGAGACAGAUAAACGGUGCCAUAUGUCCAUGGACAUGCUAGAAAUGGCACAUGCCACCAUGGCACAGGCCCUGGCAACUGGUCAGGGUUACAGGACAUUCCUCCACCACUACAGUGCCCUGCCAACCGACAUGAAGGUGCAGUGGGCAAAGAAGGCAUAUAGGCUACAGAGUGAUAACCAGUAUAAAUCGGACCUGAAAUGGAUGAGGGGAGUUGGCUGGAUUACCGAGGGAUCGCUUGAUGUGUUACAGGCAAAGAAAGCAUCUGAGCUCAUCAGUGAGAAGUCGUACAGGCAGCUGCCAUCGGCUCUGAAGUUCACCAGCAUCCAGGACACGCCAGAGAUGAUUCAGGCCCGGAUCAGCUACGAUCAGGCAGUGGAUAGCAAAUACAAAGAGCAGGGGGAGAACAUCAAGCACAGAUAUACCUCCACUGCUGAGCUGCCUGAACUCCUGCAAGCAAAACUCAAUGCGCUGAACAUUAGCGAGACACGCUACAAGGAGUCAUGGAUCCGUCAGAGGGACGGAGGAUACAAGCUGAAGCUGGACGCCCUCCCCUUCCAGGCUGCAAAGGCAUCUGGGGAAAUAAUUAGUGAAUAUAAAUAUAAGGCGGAUUUUGAAAAGUCUAAAGGAAAGGUGAUCAAUCUUCGGAGACUGGAAGAUGACCUGAACCUCUCACACUCUGUCCAUGCCUCUUCUCUGCUCAGUGAGGUUCAGUACAAGAAAGGCUUCGAGAAGAGCUGCUCUCAGUUCCACUUACCAAUGGACAUGGUGAAUCUGGUGCACGCUAAGAAGGCCCAAGCUUUGGUCAGCGAUCAGGAUUACAGGCACCUGCUCCACCAUUACACGACGAUGUCUGACGACCUGCGGCUGCUGACUGCUAAGAGAGCCUACGAGCUGCAGAGCGAGAACCGUUACAGGUCUGACCUGAAUUUUAUGAGAGGCGUGGGCUGCAUCAUCCCAGGAUCUAUGGACAUUGAGGAAAAGAAGAGGGCAUCUGGCCUGAUCAGCGAGACCAAAUACCGACAACAGCCCUGCCAGCUGAAAUACACGACAAUCACCGACUCUGUGGACCUUCUGCAUGCCAAGUUCAGCAACAAGAUAACCAAUGAGCGACUCUAUAAAGCAGCCGGCGAAGACAUUCUUCAUCAUUACACCACCAUUUUGGAAUUACCGGAGCACAUCCGUGCCAAACUCAAUGCUGCCAAUCUCAGCGAUAUAAAAUAUCGAGAAUCCUGGCUCAAUGCGAGGGCUCAGGGCCACAAGCUGACCAUGGAUGCACUCCAGUUCCAAACUGCCAAGUCCUCGGGUAAAAUCGCUAGUGAUUGCACAUACAAACAUGAAUACAUCUCGGAGAAAGGAAAGCUUAUAGGCUCUCGGAGCAUUCUGGAUGACCCCAAGAUGCUGCAUUGCCUUCGUGUUGCCAAGUUGCAAAGCGAGCGCCAGUACAAACUGGAUUCCCAGCACCUCCGCUCGCAGUACCACCUCUCCUCCGACAUGCUGGACCUGGUCCAUGCAAAGAGAGCCCAGGCGCUGGCCAGUGACCAGGACUACAAGGUGCUACUCCAUCAUUACACAUCAGAACCAGAGGACAUGAAGCUCCAGUGGGCCAAGAGGGCUCACCAACUGCAGAGUGAGGCUCGCUACAAAUCGGACUUAAACUUUAUGAGGGGAGUCGGCUGGGAGGCAUCGGGGUCUCCACAGAUCGAGGGCGCCAAGAAGGCCGGAGAGCUCAUCAGUGAGACCAAAUACCGUCAGAGCCCGGGAUCGAUAGGGUUUACCGCAGUCACCGACUCUCCUGGAUUGCUUCAUGCAAAGAACAGCUACCUCCAAUGCAGCGAUAGAUUGUAUAAAUCUGGAGAUCAGGAAUCUCGGCACCAGUACACUCUACCUCCAGAUCACCCUGACUUCAUACGGGCGCGAAUCAACGCUUCGCAAAUAAGUGACAAAGCCUACAAGACGCUGUGGGAGCAGUCCAGGGCAGCCGGUUAUGACCUGAGACUGGACGCCAUUCCCUUCCAAACCGCCAAAGCCUCCCGAGAGAUCGCCAGUGAUUUUCGUUACAAAGAAGCCUUCGUCAAGGAGAGGGGACAUCAAAUCGGUUUCCGCAGCAUUAUUGACGACCCCAAGACGCAGCACGUGAUGAAGGUCGGCAAACUUCAGAGCGACCGCGAGUACAAGAGGCACUCAGAGGAAACCAGGUCGCAGGUCCACACGCACCUGAACCAACCAGGAUUUAUCCAGGCCAAAAGGAGCCAGGAGCAAGCCAGCAACGUCAACUACCGCCAGCACUUCCACCAGUACACGUGUGACCCGCAGCAGCUCACGCUAAAACACGCCAAGCAAGCGCACAGUCUGCAGAGCGACGUAAAAUACAAGGCCGACCUCAACUGGAUGAAGGGUGUGGGCUGGACCCCUCCCGGGUAUUACAAGGUGGAACUUGCCCGUCGGGCAGCAGAAUUAGCAAAUGCUCAGGACGUGGAGGCACAAUUAGCUUCAGAGGAUGAACGGGAUUUGCAGUCUCCCCAGCAGGCUGGUGUAAACCCUGACGCAUCAGAAAUCCUACACGUGAAGCGGCGGAAGGCUGUACCAAUAAGGAAAUAAGUGGAUUCCGUCUCGGACAUAUCACAGUUGGGAUGUAGAUCCCGUGGCCCUGCUUGCUCUUCUCUGCACUAUGGAAUUGGUUGUUAUAUUGAACUGGCCCCAGAUGUUACAAUCUGAUCCUACAGUCUCCUUCACACUUACCACCAGGGCGUCCCCAACUGGAAAAAAAUGGAAUGGAAUUAUUAAGGCAGCCCUUGUACCUCAUAGGUGGUCAACCUAAAAGAGAUUGUACAAUCAGAUCGUAAUAUGUCUGUAGUUGGAAUGUACUGGUACAAUCUGUAUUAAGUGUAAAACGUUGUUUUAUUGGGUGGAAGGCAACACUUUCUUCAUUGACCCACAUCAAGCACACAAUGCGCCAGCUACCAACUUCUGCUAUGGAGGCCUUAAGUGCCUUAUCAUCCCUCCUCCAGACCUCCAACAACAAGUUCCAGGAUUAGGACCGUUUGGCUUUUCAUUAUCAUAGGACUGGCGGGAUCAGUUGUGAACUAGAAGCAAUGGAACUGAUAAAAGUCAUUUGUAGAAUUUUGAUUUGUUUGUACUGAAUAAAUUUGAUCAAUACAGA